AUGCCUGGCGUCAACAGCAUCAAACUUCUCACGGGCAACUCCCACCCGGAGCUGGCCCAGCUCGUCGCCCAAAGACUAGGCAUCGAGCUCACCCCCUGCAUCGUCAAGAAGUUCGCAGACCAAUCCAUCGACGUCCGCAUCGGCUCCUCUGUGCGAGACGAAGACGUUUUUGUCCUUCAGACGGGCUACUCGUCUCACGUAGAGCCCAAUGACGCCCUACUUGAGCUCUGCAUUAUCCUUUCUGCCUGCAAGACUGCCAGCGCCCGCCGCAUCACGGCUGUAAUUCCAGCCUUCCCCUACUCGCGACAUGACAAGAAGGACAAGUCUCGCGCGCCCAUCACAGCCAAGCUAGUAGCGAACAUGAUCACCGUAGCAGGGGCAGACCAUGUCAUCACCAUGGAUCUACACGCCUCGCAAAUCCAGGGAUUCUUUGACAUCCCUGUGGACAAUCUCUCCUCUGAGCCCUCCGUCGCACGCUGGAUCAGGACAAAGGUAGAGGACUGGAGGAACUGCAUCAUUGUCUCGCCGGACGCUGGUGGUGCCAAGAGAGCCACAGCUCUGGCAGACCUGUUGGGCGUGGACUUUGCGCUCAUCAAUCGCAACAGGAAACGAGCACAAAACAGAAGGAUCAGGGAGGCGAAAGCGGAGGAGGCUCGACAAGCGGGCAUGCCCUUCACCUCUGCUACCGCGAUGAGCAGUGCAGACGACUUGACCAAGAGCGGGCUCAUGACCCCAGCGGCGGGCGGUGAGCAUGCCCAUAACGGCCAUGCCGCACAGCACUUGCCGGAUCAGCUGCACACCCGACUCAGCCUCGACCCACACGCCUCCUCGUCAACAGCACCAUCAGGCUCAGCGCCGACGCAGCGACGCCAACCCUUCUACUCGCUCAUUGGCAACGGGGUGCAAGCAAACGAGUCUGGCGACUUCUUCAUCACCGAUGAGGAUGGACGACAGGUGUACAGCGGGGGUCAUGGCAACCAUCCGCGUGUGAGCGGUGAGGCGAGCGGAGACUCACUCUUGGGCGGCAGUGGUGUGGGUGGACCGGCGAGUGGAGCUGCGGGUGGAGCACAGGCGGAUGAUGGCACUGAGCUGAGCGGGAGCGCAGCGGCUAUGGCUGUUGCGGAUAAGAUGGAAAUUCUGGUAGGCGACGUUCAAGGUCGUACCGCCAUCCUCGUAGACGACAUGGCAGACACGGGUCGUACACUGGCCCUGGCCGCCAAGACUCUACGUGACGCCGGCGCCUCACGAGUGUACGCCCACAUCUCUCACGGUAUCCUUUCUGGGCGUGCGGUGGACCUUAUACGCAAGCUGGAGAUGGAGCGUCUCGUUGUCACCAACACGAUCCCGAACGGGGAGAAGGUUGAGGAGACUGGCGGUAGACUGGAGGUCAUGGAUGUGAGCCCGGUCAUUGCCGAGAGUAUCAGGAGGGCGCACCAUGGUGAGAGUAUCGCUGUGCUGUUUACGGACAAUUUGAUGGGCUUCUAAGUGGGGAGAGAGAGAGAGGCGCAGCGAGGCCGCGAAGUGCGAAAGGGGAAGGAGUCGG